AUUUCAACCCCCUUGCGCUUGGGCUACAGCCACUCCGAAAGACAUUCGCACUCGUCACGUCCGUCCUCAUGGUCACCAGCAACCUCUCCACUGCGUCCUCCAGCGGGCUCACGCUGCGCGCCGACCUCUCGCACCUGACCGAGGGCGACAAGCGCGCACUGGUGAAGCUGGCAGAUCCGAGGAGGCAAAAGAUCCUGGCGACACUGUUCGAGCUGUUCCGUGGGCCGUGGGACCGCAGCCUCGACAACGAGGUGUUUGUGCCGGGCGCUGCAGCCAAGCCAAUCACGGCCAAUGUGUAUCCGGAAGACAUGGAUAAGAAGGAGUUUGAACUGUGGCUCGGAACGCUUAGCGAAGAAGACAAGGCGCGCGCCAAGGGGUUCUACGAUGUCGUGAAAAGAGAUAAAAAAUAUGCGGACGAGUACCCAACAAGGUACCUGGACUCGGAGGUGUCGUGGCUGAAAAUCAACCACACCAGCGCGCUGGAGGCCGCUGUGGGGCCCUACGAGACGUACGAGGACGAGCUGUUCUCGUCCAAGGCGUUCUUCGAGUCAAUGGUGCAUGUGCGCGACUUUGCUGCUACGCAGCUGCUGGACAAGUUCACCAGCAGCCUGGAGCUGGUCGAGAAGAACCUGCCGAUCCCGGACUCGUACCGCAACAAGGAGCUGGUGGCGCCGCCAAUCGUGGUGGUCAACCAGGUGUACUAUGGCGGCGACACGGCGGUGCCGAUGACGGCGGCGUAUAAUCUGCCCAACGACGAGGAGGCGAUUGAGCGCGCGGGCUCCAAGCUGACCAUGAUCAAGAACGUGCAGGAGGGCAAGGUGGCCAGCGUGCUGCGGCCGAUUGCUCAGGAGGUGCUGAGCAAGGCGGAUCUGGAUUACGUGACAUUCCCAGCCUUCUUCACCCACGUGCUCAUGCACGAGGUCGCGCACUCGAACGGCCCGCACCGCGACACCAGCGGGGCGACAGUGCGCAGCCGGCUGCAGGAGCUGCACUCGGCGUUCGAGGAGGCCAAGGCGGACAUCACGGGCUUGUUUGCCGCGCGGCUGCUGGUGGACCGCGGCGUCGUUGAUGACAUUUCGAUGCGCGAGUUCUACACCACGUAUCUGGCAUCGGCAUUCCGGUCGGUGCGCUUCGGACUGGCGGAGGCCCAUGGGCUCGGCCAGGCCAUGCAGCUGAGCUUCUUGCUGGAAAAGGGCGGGUUUGUGUAUUCGGCGGGCAAGUUUGCGGUUGACAUGGAGAAGAUCGGCGCGGCGGUGGAGGAGCUGACGCAUGAGAUCAUGAUGAUCCAGGGCAAUGGCGACAAGGAGCGCGCCGUGGCGUUCAGGGAAAAGUACGGUGUGCUGGCGCCUGAGGUCAAGCAGGCGCUGGAGAACCUGAAGGGCGUGCCCAUUGACAUCGCACCGAUCUGGGUAGACAUCGAGAAUCUGCGCAGGCAGUUUAGCUAAGCUGGAGGGAUUUAUUUAGCAGCAACUACUUGAAUAAAAUGGAGGUGUUUUUACCACGCCAGUCGGGCGACGAGGCUGGUCGGGUAUCGCCGCACGAUCAUCUUGCGUGUCUCGUCGAGCACAAUCAG